AUUCAAGCUCGGACCUUGUUUACUAUUGGUUGAAGUUUAAAUAUGGCUGAACACGAAAUCAGCUGAUAUAUUUUACAGUGGAUUUGACGGUGUGCGGUCUCGCUGUGGAACAUGACAAGUACUGCCUUUUCGAAUUUAGUCUAUCGGCUUUGAAAUAAUCUCAGAAAUUUUGAACCGAUAUAAAUUUCUAAUGACAAAUAGGAUCAUAAUCAUGUUAAACACAAUCAGGAGUAAGAAUUUUUAUGUGACUAGGUCGCCAGCCCACAAAGUGGAACUUACCUUAAACUCUUUCUUUCACACAAAGGUGAUGAGCGACCGACAAAAUUCGGAACAGGAAUCUACAAAGUCUUUUGCUGGUCUAGAAUUUCUGGCAAAGUAUGACAAGCCAGUGACAGAAAAAAUACUCAAUAUCCUCAAUAAAAAUAGCACCGAUGAACUCAGCAAGUACGACAUUUCUAAGGGACGGUUGGUGAAUGUUGAUAAGUAUAGGAAAGUAAAUGGAGGUUUCAAGACUAUCUCAGAUUUACUCGAGGUUGAUGAUUUUGGAACUAAAGUCUUGGAAAGAUUAGUUAAAUCUAUAGCAACAGAGUCAACCAAUAAAGUUGAAAAGACUAAAAAUAUUAAAACCAAACUUCCUAGGGGAUACAGCAAUAUUACAAUACCCAUUAUAGAUGAUGAUAAAAAAUCAAAAAUAAAAACUAUGACAAGCAUUUAUGCGGGUGCAAAGCAUAUUAGUUGGGCAAAAUUGGGAACAGACGGUUGUUUGAUGUCGUGGGACAGUCACAGUAAUUUUGAGUGGCCAAAAAAAAAUAAUCCUAUGCUACUUCGGAAUUUGGCUGUAACCAUACACAACAAGCUACCUGAAUCCGAUGUUUAUUUAAUGGAAGAAGCACCUACUCGACAAUAUUCAAGCAAUCAACAAAAAGCUGUCAUAUUCCAAAAGAUGCAACAAUCGCAGUUUACCAUGAUGCUUAUGGCACUGGUGGCUACGAAAUCAAAUACAUCAAAUGAAAAUGGCAAAACAAGCUUGAACGGAGUUGAUAAUUUCUACUUUCUGCAGCAACUGUUGACUGCAGAAUUAUUUCAAUUAAACGUUGGUAAUGAAAGAACAUCAGCGCAAAAUUUGAUUGGAAAAAUUGGAUAUGAGGGUCUCUUCCAAUCUUCAAAACACAUUACUCCGAUUAGUAUAGCAGCUUCAGAAAUAAAUGUGUAUAAUCAAUGUGAUCUGUUGAGAAGAGAAGCUCUGAGCGAAGUGUUACUUAUAUCUGCUGCUUUUCUAGAUUUGGUUAUUAGAUGUAAUCCCCUAUCGCUUAAUUCACUUGGCGGUAAGUUUCGCAGCAGAUAAGCUGAUAGUUUAAUGAAUAAAAAUUUACUUUAUAGGUCGUUCAAA